UAAAUACAGUAUAUACAGUGGGACGUUCAAAGAUCAGUUAGUAUUCUUUAGUAACUUUAAUAACACACAUCAACAGAAGAAAAGUAACGAUGAAGUUUCUAGUGUUUACGUUUCUUUUCGUCAUAGUAACAGCGGAAAUUCUUUAUACAAAGGAACAAAUUGAAACUACAAACGCGAUUUUGAAUGGUUGCGUAGAAGUAACGAAAAUUAAACCGGAGAAAAUUGAAGAUAUGAAAAACCGAAUUUUCGAUGAAGACCAAACUGCCAAGGAGUACAUUUUAUGUAUUUACAAAAAGUUUCGGUUUAUUGAAGAGGACGGCACAAUAAAUAAAGGAAACUUGAGGAAGUUUUUCGGACAACACGCUUUGGCUGGGGCUACGUUGGAUAAAUGUAUCGAUGAAAAAGGAGAUUCUCCAGCAGCCACCACUUAUUUAAUCGCGAAAUGUUACAUACAAGGUCUUCCUCCAGAUGUCAAAGGUUGGUUGUGAUGCGAUUAUUGAGAAGGAAGAUUCUAUUUAUACGUAAAUGUUAACUAAACGAUGAUUAUUAAUUUAUAUUUUUUGUAUUAACUUUUUUAAAAUAUUUUUACCUCUAAAGAUUAAUUAAUAAAUACUCAU